AUGACGCAGCCGGGCCGGAUGGUGGUGAUGGGGGAUGUGGGGGCCACGUGGUACUGCAGGACAGUGGUAGCAGAUCUUCAGCACGAGGGCUGCAUGUUUGUGGCGGCUCGUGGAGGUGCAGGUGGCCAUGGCAACCACUUCUUUACCUCAGACACCCUGCAGAGUCCCAAAGUAGCAGAGUGUGGAGCUGAGGGAGAGCAGCUUGACUAUGUCCUGGAACUCAGCAGCAUGGCGAACGUCGGCCUGAUAGGACUGCCGAACGCUGGCAAGAGUACGCUGUUGCGAGCCAUCUCCAGGGCACGGCCCAAGGUCGCUUCGUACCCCUUCACUACGCUCAAGCCUCAUGUGGGCAUCGUACAGUACGACGACUACGAACAGGUAGCAGUGGCAGAUCUGCCUGGCCUCAUAGAAGGUUCACACAAGAACAGAGGCCUAGGCAUAGCAUUCCUGAAGCAUGCGGAGCGCUGUGCAGUGCUAGUUUACGUGGUAGAUGCAUCGUGUGACAAGCCCUGGACUCACCUAUGGCUGCUGCAGCACGAGCUGGGCCAGUUCUGCAAGGACAUGCUGUCUCGCUCGCAACUCGUCGUUUGCAACAAGGUGGACCUGCCUGGCGCCCAGGUUAGACCGUCUACUCUUGGCGAGUAG